UUCAGUCAAGUCUUAAAGCGGAUCCACUAUAAUCCAACAACCAUAAUGAAUUUGGAUUAUUUUCUCGUGACUACUGGAAUUUUGGUUAUUAUAUCCAUUACAAAUGCCCGUGUAGGUCGAGUUAGAUUCGAAAGCAGAAUUUCAAUGUCCAAUCGGCCUAGCAGCAGUGAUGGAUAUAUGUAUCCAAAAUCAGUGCAAAAACAAAAUCCCGCAAAAUCUGCGAUGAGAGGGCCAAAAGUUACUCACAGCUUUAACCACAGAGCUACGCCAAAUGGUCAUGAAAUGGAAUUCUCAAUGCAACAUGAUAUGUACCGCCCCAAGCCACGCUCUAAACCAAAACCAAAGCCUGAACCAAAGAAAGAACCAGAACCAGUUUCUUCUGCUGAUCCUGAACCAGAACCCUAUGAAGGCAUUGAGGCGUGGGACAAAAAAACUUUGAUUGAGAAUGUUAUAGCUGCUUACAAGGAUACAUGCAAAAGCUCCGAUAUUGUCAUUUUUUCACCAGAAUCAAAACAUAAGUUGGUCUCAUCAGUCAAAAAAAUGCCGCUAGAGGUUAAUGAUUACCCUUGGGUUAUGAAUGUCGAAAUGUUUUGCACUUUAAAUUUUUGGCGUGUACAUUCUUGCUUCAGCAUGCCCUUGGAGGAUGGAUUCAAAAAGGCUCUAAUUAAAAAUGGCAUCGAUUUCACUGAUGGUGGAGCGCAUGGACCUAGUUGCUCAUUGAUAAGAAAGUUUGAAGCGAGUGAAUUGAAAGAAACAAGAACUGUGGCCGAGGAUGAGCUAAAGCAGGCUUUGACGGAUAUCUUGCUUGAAGAAUUUCAUAAAUCUCGAUCAUGGCCCAAUCCAACUAAAUUGUUCGAGAUACCAUUUCCAAUGAGAGGAGCAAAGGAUGCUUAUUGGACACUGUCGACGAAAAUUAGGAAGUUCAACACUCAUUUAAACGAACAGCCAAAUGAUUUCUGUACUGCAUUUCAUACAGAUGCACAAUUAUUCGAUCAUUUUGAAAAGUUUACAGCUGGUACUGAAAAAACUAAAGUGGAUGAUGCUUUCCGUAAUUUGACAAGUGUAAUGAAAGACAUUCCGUUGGAGAAGGAUAAAGAAAAGGAAGGAAGCGAAGAAAAUUGCACUUAUGAUCUGUUUCUCUUUCGCGUUGAGCUCGAAUUUUUCCUUGCUCUCGACACAGCAAUUAUUGACUGGUUGUCUAAAUAUGUUAAACCAGAUAAUCACAAUUACGAAUAUUUUUGCCGUGAGAAAGAAUAUUGUUUAUAUGCUCAACUUCGUAAAAGAAUUAGGGAAUCAAAGGAAAUCACUGAGAAAUUGAUCAAAAAUUUGGGAGAUUGGUUCGAGGGUCGGAAACAUGGUCUCAUCAACGAUGAUUUUAAAUAUUUCGCGGCUAACUAUGUUGCUGAACGCUUCCGCAUUAAAAUUCCUGCACCGCCGGAGCCUUUGAAGUUGAAAGUCAAAUAUGAACACGGUGGAUAUAAAAACAAGGUGCUUUACGAACAUGAUGGAAGAAAUAUGAGAAUGUUAACAAAAGUAUCUCAUCCAAAAUCAAAGAUACAAGGAAAAACAUUUCCAAAUUCUAAAAACUUUUCUUUCCAUCAUCAAUAUAAUAAUGGAAUCCAUGGAGAUGUCUCAGAAGAAGACGGGGAAAACGAGAUGUACAUGCCAAAAUCGGCUUAUGCAAAUCCCAACAAUUUUUCUUUCCAUCAUCAAUUUAAUGGAACUCAUGGAGAUAGCUCAGAGGAGGGAGAUGAAGGAGUUGAACACGAAAUGCAUGAGGAUACCAGUAAUGAAGAAGACAUGCAUGCACAAAUGGAAAUGAACCAUGAAUACGACAACCAGUAUGAUAACAUGCAUGACACGUCAUUUGAAUUAGGUCAUGAGGAAAUAACUGAUAAAAAUGGAAAGAAACAAAAAGUCAAUUACCGUUGCCGCAUGGGCCCGCAUCAAAUGAAUUACCAAUUUGGCUAUGAUCCUGCUUGCGCAGUUUAAAAACUUUUAUUUCUUAGACCAAUCUUUAACUAUUUUUUUCCUUUCUUUCAUCUCUAUUAGAAACUUAGCUCUUUACCAACCUAUUUUACUUUUAUAAGCAUAAUUACCACACCACAUAAUCCAAUACUUUUGUGCCCAAUAAACAACCACAAUAGAGAAUGUCUUUAAAUUUUGUUAAAUUCAGUAUAAUUUGGAAUUUAACUUGAAAAUCCAGAAAUUUAAAAUAAAACUUAUUAAAGACAUAUUCUACAUCUUUUAUUUUUUUAUUAAAACCACCACACUUCUCCACGGAAUUUGAAGCAAAACUUGCAAUUACAAAUACCGGGUCAACCAAUAAUUGAAUAGUGGAGA